UCCCGCCGUGCUGUUUGGGGUUUGGGGGUGAGCGGGACCCUCCCGCCAUCCCGGUUUGGGGUGGCUGAUACCGAAUGUGUUGCAGCUGGGGCGGGAGAUAAGCGGGAUCUCCAGCGGGUGCUGUGACAGCGGCGCUGCCCGGGACAGCGGGUGGCACCCGGGGCAUUCACAGCCCCCCAAGACACUCUCCAAGGAUGUGCCGCCCUGUCCCACCACUGUCAGCAGCCCCGCGGGGUGUGGUGAGACCCCCAUCGCUCCCCCAGCAGGGGAGCCCACUCCCACCGCAGGUUCGGAGCACAGCUGAGUUGGAUCAGGGCCGGGAAGGGGCUGUGCUCAAGGUUCCCUUCACACUGGUGGGAGGGAUGGAGAUCAUUCCGGAAUGGGAAUGCUGCAGGUCGGUGAGCUGGGUGACACUUUGCAUCCUGCCCCGCUAUUCCGGGUCAGGAGCUGCCUCACCCCAGGGCACUAAUGGGGAGCUGAGUGAGCCAGCACUGGGGCAGCCAAGGGUCACCGUGCCAGCUGUAAAUACUUGGGCGAUAAAAGAACUGCUGAAAUCAAGGGAUGGCAUUGGCAGAGUCCUGGGAACAUCACAACACAGGAGGCUCUGCCACUGGGGCCAGAAGGCUGGAUUUUGGGUCAGCUGCUGUCAGAAGUGUCUUUUCCUGCUUGGAUUUUCCAUGCUUUGCUGAAGGCAGCGCUAAGGAGGCAGCUGGCAUGGAGGGGAGGGGAACACCUUUGGGUGCAUCAGUGCCAUCCCUCAGCAGCCGCAUUCGCUCCUCCUCAGCAGGAAUCAGCAGAGCCCUGAGCACCGGCUACUGCCGCCUGUGCCACGGCAAGUUCUCCUCACGGAGCCUGCGCAAUGCCUUCGGGAAGGUGCCCGUGCUGGGCGAGAACUCGGAGAAGCAGCGGCGGGUGGACCAGGUGUUCUUUGCCGACUUCCAGCGGCUGGUGGGAGUGGCGGUGCGGCAGGACCCCGCGCUGCCACAGUUCGUCUGCAAGAAAUGCCAUGCCCAGUUCUACAAGUGCCGCAGCGUCCUCCGCACCUUCAUCCAGAGGGUGAAUGCCUCGCCCACGGGCCACACCAAGUCCAAAGGAAAGAGCAGCGGGGUCCAGGCGCAGCCGGGUAUGGAAGGAGGUGCCUCCUGCCUGGUUGACCUGAUCACGUCCAGCCCGCAGUGCCUGCACAGCCUGGUGACGUGGACGCACACCCACGCCGGGAGCUGCGCCUCGGUGCCCGGGCUGCGCAGCGUGCUCUCCUCCGAGUACUGCGGCAUCAUCCGCGCCGUCUGGGGCUGCGGCGACGGCCACGACUACGUCAUGGACACGGACUCGGACUGCAGCUCCGUGCUGCUCGACACCGCCCUGGCCGUCAAGCGCGAGUGGAGCAAGGGCACGGCGCAGCAGCGCCUGACUGACAACGGGGCCGGGGCAGACAAUGCCGAGGCUGUUCCUGCUCCCAAAGCCCAGCAUGCUCCUGUAAGGACAGCUCCUUGCCAGCAGCCCGCCAGCAAAGGGACCACGGCGGUGCCACUGAACGUGGAGAGCGAGCCGCCACAGGACAGGGAGCCCUCUCCCUCGCAGCUGGACGGCGCGGCCUCCGUCCGGGAACAGGCCCUGCCGCAGCCCCAGUCCCCACUGAGCACUGCCACAGGACAGUUGAGUGGGAAGCAGGUUCUGUCUGCAACGUCGGAUGAGCGGGUAAAAGACGAGUUCAGUGACCUUUCUGAGGGGGACUUCUUGAGUGACGAUGAAAGCGAGAAGAGAAACGUGCAAUCUUCAGAUGACUCCUUCGAGCCUUACCCAGAGAAGAAGGUUUCUGGCAAGAAAAGCGACAGUAAAGAAGCAAAGAAGGCGGAAGAGCCCAAAAUAAGGAAGAAGCCAGGGCCUAAGCCAGGCUGGAAAAAAAAGAUCAAAUGUGAACGGGAGGAGCUGCCCACCAUCUACAAGUGUCCUUACCAGGGCUGCACUGCUGUCUACAGAGGGGCUGAUGGCAUGAAGAAACACAUCAAAGAGCACCACGAAGAGGUGCGGGAGAGGCCCUGCCCUCACCCUGGCUGCAACAAAGUGUUCAUGAUCGACCGGUACCUACAGCGGCACGUCAAGCUCAUCCACACAGAGGUACGGAACUAUAUCUGUGAUGAGUGUGGGCAGACCUUCAAGCAACGCAAACACCUCUCGGUCCAUCAGAUGCGGCACUCGGGAGCAAAGCCCCUGCAGUGUGAGAUCUGUGGCUUCCAGUGCCGCCAGCGCGCGUCCCUCAAGUACCACAUGACCAAACACAAAGCCGAGGCCGAGCUGGAGUUCGCCUGCGACCAGUGCGGGAAGCGCUUCGAGAAGGCUCACAACCUCAACGUGCACAUGUCCAUGGUGCACCCUCUGACCCAGACUCAGGACAAAGCCAAGCCGCUGGAGCCAGAGCCCAUCCUCCUCCUCACUACUUCAGGGACUGCAGAAGGCCAGGCAGUGAAGCCAGAAGUGACUGCAGAGCCUGAGCCCACCUGAGGGGACGGGGAUCAGUUCCCAGCCCUGUAGAAGCCGUUUGGCAGUGGAGAUUUUUAAUCUACGUUUUAGUCUCCCAAAGAACUCUGUGGAAUUAGCUUCAGCUUGCUCAGAAAAGGCUUGUUCUCAUGCAGUGAUUUCCAUGCUCACGUCUGAUUCAGCAGUGUUGUACUAAGAGUGUCUAAUCCCAGGGGAAGGGACCCCUUCGUGUCCCCAGCCCCACGCACAUGUUGUAGAAACCAAGUUGGCCACAACUGUUCCCUGCCUGCACAGAGGUGUCCCCAGGGGCUCGAGGGGGACAGAGGACAGUGGGACAACUUUAAGGAGACAUUUUGUUUUGGAAAACAAGAAGAAAAAAAAAACAAGAAAAAAAAACCCCAACAACAUAAUUAU